GGCACGCGGCGCUCGCGCUCGCUGCUUAAAUGAGCCUGGGCUCCCCGCGCCCGCCACUUCAGUGGAGCCCGAGCCGCGGCUGCGGGUGGAGCGGCCGUAUUGUCCCGCGCCACGCGUUAGUGCUCCUCUGCUCCCAGGCGGUCGAUGGGACGGAGCGCCGCGGAGCAGGAGGCAGUGCCCGUCGGGGGACUCGGGCAGUGCGGGAGCCCUCCAGGGGACUCGGGCAUGCCGGGCCGCAGGACCUGAGCCGUGCUCAGUGGAGAGGCAGCCCUGUGACCGACGAUGGGGACAGAGUGGGGCUGCCAUCGCGCCGGGCCGUGAGUCGCGCGCCUCUGCCUCCGCCUCGGCCCACUCAGCUCCUCGAGAAGCGCCUGGCCGCUCGGGAACAUGGCCCUGGAGCAGCUCUGCUCGGUCCUCAAAGUGUUAUUGAUAACAAUACUUGUAGUGGAAGGGAUCGCUGUGGCCCAAAAGACCCAAGAUGGACAAAAUAUUGGAAUCAAGCACAUUCCUGUAACCCAGUGUGGCAUUUGGGUUCGAACCAGUAAUGGAGGUCAUUUUGCUUCACCAAAUUAUCCUGAGUCAUAUCCACCAAACAAGGAGUGUAUCUACAUUUUGGAAGCUGCUCCACGUCAAAGAAUAGAGUUGACCUUUGAUGAACAUUAUUAUAUAGAGCCAUCAUUUGAAUGUCGGUUUGAUCACUUGGAAGUUCGAGAUGGGCCAUUUGGUUUCUCUCCUCUUAUAGAUCGUUACUGUGGCAUGAAAAGCCCUCCAUUAAUCAGGUCAACAGGGAGAUUCAUGUGGAUUAAGUUUAGUUCUGAUGAAGAACUUGAAGGACUGGGAUUUCGAGCAAAAUACUCAUUUAUUCCAGAUCCAGACUUUACUUACCUAGGAGGUAUUUUAAAUCCCAUCCCAGAUUGCCAGUUUGAGCUCUCGGGAGCAGAUGGAAUAGUACGUUCUAGUCAGGUAGAACAAGAAGAAAAAACAAAACCUGGCCAAGCAGUUGAUUGCAUAUGGACAAUUAAAGCUACUCCAAAAGCUAAGAUAUAUUUGAGGUUCCUAGAUUAUCAAAUGGAGCACUCAAAUGAAUGCAAGAGAAACUUUGUUGCAGUGUACGAUGGAAGCAGUGCUAUUGAAAAUCUGAAGGCCAAGUUUUGCAGCACUGUGGCCAAUGAUGUAAUGCUUAAAACAGGAGUUGGAGUGAUAAGAAUGUGGGCAGAUGAAGGUAGUCGGCUUAGCAGAUUUAGAAUGCUGUUUACUUCCUUUGUGGAACCUCCCUGUACAGGCAGCACUUUCUUUUGCCAUAGCAACAUGUGCAUCAAUAAUUCUUUAGUCUGUAAUGGUGUUCAAAACUGUGCAUACCCUUGGGAUGAAAAUCAUUGUAAAGAAAAGAAAAAAGCUGGACUAUUUGAACAGAUCACUAAAACUCAUGGGACAAUUAUUGGCAUUACAUCAGGAAUUGUCUUGGUUCUUCUCAUUAUUUCUAUUUUAGUACAAGUGAAACAGCCCCGAAAAAAGGUCAUGGCUUGUAAAACUGCUUUUAAUAAAACUGGGUUCCAAGAAGUGUUUGAUCCUCCUCAUUAUGAACUAUUUUCACUAAGGGACAAAGAGAUUUCUGCAGACCUGGCAGACUUGUCAGAAGAAUUGGACAACUACCAGAAGAUGCGGCGCUCCUCCACUGCCUCCCGGUGCAUUCACGACCAUCACUGUGGAUCGCAAGCAUCCAGUGUCAAACAAAGCAGGACCAACCUCAGUUCCAUGGAACUUCCUUUCCGAAAUGAUUUUGCACAACCACAGCCAAUGAAAACAUUUAAUAGCACCUUCAAAAAAAGUAGUUACACUUUCAAACAGGCACAUGAGUGCCCUGAACAGGCCCUAGAAGACAGAGUAAUGGAGGAGAUUCCUUGUGAAAUUUAUGUCAGGGGGCGAGAAGAUUCUGCACAAGCAUCCAUAUCCAUCGACUUUUAAUCUUCUACUAAAGGUGAUAUUAAUUAUUAAGUAUGUAUGUAUGCAACCUACAGAGCAGCCAUUCUGAUUUCAGUAACCAACUCUAUUUUCCUGUCAAACUAGGAAGACCUUCAUUUGCCAUUUCCCUAUCACAUUGACAUUUUUAUCAUCUCAGGCAGUCUCUAUGUUAAGCCAAACAAAGGAACUUAAUACAUUUGGUAGGAAAAAAAAAUAAUCAUCAUAUGUUGCUUGAUGUCAUAUAAACAAAAUCAUCACCAGUUACAUAGCAGGUGAAGAGGGGCAUUGGUGGUGUUGGGCCAGGCUCAGGCUGCCUGUUAGUUUUAGCAUCAGAAAUACUGCUCUUGACUGAUAAAGCUCUGCCAAUAUUUUGAACCCAUAUUUUGAACCCAUAAUAAACUUAAAAAUAAGGUUUUUCUUUAUAUUCCUCUUAUUUUUCUUUUCUAUAAUUUGUUUUAUAUGCCUAUAGUUUUGCCAUUACUGUAUCCUAAUAAGUGGUUAAUACACCACUUACCUCAACACAGGCAUUUGUUGUUAAACUUGUCAAAAUACAGCUAAUUUAGUUCUGUUUUUCUACACUAAUUUUUACACUACUGCCUUUUAAUUACUGGAUUGUUAGUCCUUAUUUUCUAUGAGAAAUAGAUGAUAUAAUUUAUCGCCUUUAAAUCAUACCUUAUCUCUGUUGUAUUAUACUAGUAAACUUCAUGAUCCUGAGAUAUAUGCACCUUACCAGUUAUGACUAAAAAGUUGAGAAAGACAAAAAUGUCUAGCAAAUCUUUGAAAUCGCCUACAUUUGGUCACAUUCGGUGACAGCCCAUUCAUUCCAGUAGACAGUCAUUUAAUUCACUUGUGGGGAGAUCUAUAAUUGUGUUUACUUACAGUGUUUCUCAUCCCCAAAACUACAUUUCCUAUUAUUUUUGUAAGAAGAUUACUUCCUUUGUAUUGGUUUAUCUUUUGACAUUUGGUAACCCAAGAUUCUUCGAGAGUUAAAGGAAAAUUCCUAAGAAACUGUGAAAGCCUUUUGAUUGCUUCUUUCUUAGGACAGCACAUUUUUCUAACUCUUGUCAAGAAUAACAAUUUCAACUUUUUUUUAAACUGCACUUUUGACUUUUUUUAUGGUAUAUAAAACAAUAAUUUAUAAACAUGAUAUAAUUCAUUUGUUUUUUUAGACUUUUUUGAUAUUAUUUGAUACUGUACAAACUAUUAAGUCAAGAUGAAAGACCUACAUGAAGAUUUCUUUCAGUGUUCACAUUAGCAGCUUUGUAUACAAACAUGCUUUGUUGGAACUGUACACCCAUAAUUUAUUAUAAAGACCUUGGCAGUGUGUACAUAGCUUUCUCUUCCUUUUGUUGCUGUAUUUAGUUUGUGAUAAAUCUUUCACUGUAUGAUAUUUAUUGCUCUAAAUCCCUACACAUCUUAUUAAAAUAUGCAUUGUUACAUGAUCAUUCAAUCAUGUUAUUUAUGGCACUGAUAUUUUGGGUCUUAAGAUAUAUGUGGAAUGAAGUCCAUUUAUUGAAUUGUAACUAAUAGAGACAUGUCAUUUAUAAGAGGUAAAUUCUCGUUUUUUACAUUUCUUGUAGUAAAUUCUCAAUGAAAUGAGAAGUUGAGGUUUCACUGGUUUCAUUCAUUCAUUCUUUUACAUAGAUAUGUUCUUUCCAGAUUAGUGAAUGCUGUGACACAAUACUGCCUCAGUGUUUCCUGUAUCACAUUUUUUUUAUUUUUAAAAAAGUAGAUUAUAUCCAGAAGAUAAGAUAACUUACACAUAGUAUAUUCAUGAUUUAAUUAUUUUAAGUCAUCAUAAUUUCCUCUCUUAAAAAUACAACUUAGAAGACUUAAUGAGGGGCUGGGGCUCAGCAGUAGCACACGUGCCUGGCAUGUGUGGGGCACUGGGUUCGAUUCUCAGCACCACAUAUAAAUACAUAAAAUAAAGGUCUAUCAACAACUAAAAAAAAAAUAAAAAAUAAAGACUUAAUGACUUUCAAUGAACUAAUACCAGAGAAAUUGGAUAACUUGUUUCACGAGCUGAGUAGGCCUUUUGAUUUUAGUAGGUAACUUAGACCAGCCAAUAUUUAUUUGAACAAUGUAGUAAAUAAAUUCUUAAUACAACAACUGUGAUCUUGUUAGGAUGAUGAGAGAGAUUAGCAUAUUUUCUACAUAAAAUUUUAUUCAUUAUACAAUAGCUGGUAAAUCCAUCCUUAACCUCUAGAUUAGAGUAGGAAAUGCUGUUAUUGAUGGUCACUUGUAACUAUUUUUUUUGUAUUUUUUUAGUUGUAGAUGGACAUAAUACCUAUAUAUUUUAUUUAUUUAUUUUUAUAUGGUGCUGAGGAUCGAAUCCAGUGCCUCAUAUGUGCAAGGCAAGCACUCUGCCACUGAGCCACAAUACCAGCCCCUAUGUUUUCAUUUUUGGAAUUUGUAUCCUGUUUUGAAAGGACUUAAAGAGAUCUACAAAAUAGACAGCCUUUGAAGAAGACAUUGAAUGUUAAGUUGCUGAGACUGGCUCCAAACUUAGAGUCCUCCUGUCUCAGUCUCCCAAGUCACUGAAAUUAUAGGUAUGCAUCAUCACACCCACCUGCCAUUGAGUAUUAAAACAGAAUAGAAAUACAUGGUUUCACACAACUUAGCAAGUAAAGCUUGAACAGUAAAUCUAAUUCUAAAUUUUCUGGCUGCUAAAAUGGAAAAGGUUUUCUUUUUUUCAGUAGAAAGCACAAACUUGCCACCAUAGGCUAGUUUCUGUAGGAUCUGAGUAUCUUUUAAAAGGACAUUUCCUCAACAUUUAAGAAAGAUAAAAAGUGCAAGAAUAGGUUGUAAUGAUAAAUCUUAACUUUAAUGUGAUUAAUAACAUUGUUUUCUGUUUGCAGAGAUAGAACUAAAGAACCAAGUGAUCAAUAGCUUAAACUGUAUUAUAUGCCUUCAUUGAACUAUAAGCAAGCCUUGGAUCUCAUUUCUGAGUCAAACAUUUUAUCUAUUAAGACGAGAGUGGAACUAAUAUUUUAGGCAUCAAUUUCAGAAUAAUGCUAAUGCUUGCUACUCCCCCCCACCCCGUGUGUGUGUAUGUGUUGGUGUGUGUGUGUGCAAUUUUUACUCUUUGAGAUCAUUGGGAAAACUUUACAAAUUAUUUACUAUAGUGAAAGCUAUAGGUUUUAGUAAUAAAAGACACAAAAUUUUGGCAUCUUAUGGAAGUUAUUUCAGCCCUUCAUAGUACUCCAGUGUUAAACACAUCUUCUAAAAGAACACAAAAUAGAUGGAGGAAAUUUUUUCAAUUCAGGAACACUACUCAAGUAUACCUAUGUGAUAUUGUCAUUAUCUUGCAUCCCAAAUUUAACACAAGAAAUCAAUCCCCACAUGCCCACAAAUUGGAAGAAACCUAUUCAUCCCAACCUCUCAAGUAUAUAGGAAUAAAACAGUGUUUUCUGGGAGGAAAAUAAUCUAGAGGUUUAACAAAAAGCAAAAGAUUUUCACAUUUCACAUGACAAAGACAUGAAAAGUCUCCUUUAACUUUGACUUAACCAAUUUCAAUGUCAGAAUCUUUAUCAUGUUUCAUAUAAUUAUUGGGCAUUAAAAGAACUUCAUAAGGCCUGGGGCUGUAGCACUUGCCUUGCAGGUGUGAGGCACUGGGUUCGAUGCUUAGCACCACAUAAAAAUAAACAAAGGCAUUGUGUCCAUCUAAAACUACAAAGAAUUUUUUAAAAAGAACUUCAUAAAUGUCUGCCACUAAAUAUUUUUAUAGUUAUUGUUUGGUGAGAAAGAUGCUUUCUUAUUUCAGGAGUGUAUCAACUGAUGUAACAGAAUGGAGAAAGCCUGGUUGUAAUUUAGGAAUAAUUCUCAAGGGGAUUAUGCUUUCAUUGCAAAAUAAAUAUGUCUGCAGUAUUGCUCGUUACUUUAUUACAAAUACUAAAAACAAGAUGCCUUGAAUUGUACCAAUUAGAUCCAGAAGGAAUUUGGGGUUUUAGUGUUUUUAAAGAUCUAAGAAAGAUUAUCUGAUCCAGAUUCGUUAAUAUAAAACUGAAGCCCAAAGAAGUGGAAUGAGUACCCACAUCUCCCAACCCUAUCCAGUGCUCUUUUCUUGUGCCUUCCUAUCCCUGUUUUUGCUGGCUGGAAGUUUUAAAAGUCUAGCAGUUCUAAACAGCAGCCCAAGUAUUCCAUGUAUAGCUUGUCAAUCAUUCUGAUUUAAAAUGUAAUUUUUUUAAGACUCAUUUUCCCUGUUUUUAUUUAUGUAACAGUGUUAUUCUACGGGUUUGUUACCAUGAUCCCUUGACACCUGCAAACUCUGCAAGCAAUUACUGUGACUUCUCAAUGAACAAUUGUUAACAUGGGCUUGAUCAGACAGGAAGAGCUUCAGUGUGAUUGCUUUUAUGAUUUUUCAAAAUCCAAAGAAAGCAAUGUAUAUUGUAGAAAUUAAACAUUUUGUGUGCUAUAUCACUUGAGUUUUGGAGAAUGAUUUGAGUCUGAGCCACUAUAAAUGACAAAUUGACCUUGGAUUUUUUUCUAACUUUCCUGCAAAAUUAAUUAUCUGUGUUUUAUAUGCAUGUAUUAAUAAUUUGCUCUCCUUUACUCACUUUUUCAUACACUUUAUAUGUUUCUGCAAUUGGUUUAAUGAUUACAAAAGCCCAAGAAGAUAAUGCUAGGGUGCAUGUUUAGUUUAUACACUUAAUCUCCAACUUAGCACUUUAUAGUAAGGAAUUUUAACCCUUGAACUGAAAUAAAAACUUGUGUUUUGAUUUCC